UGAUCAUGAUCUAAAUUGAAACUAAACAAACGCGUGUGUGUGUGUGUGUAUGUGAUCGAAGAAUUCUGUAUUCACAGCUGUCAAAUUGCUUUUUUUAAAUCAAAUCAAAUUCUAGAUUAUUGUUUGAAAAUAGUCAUCGAUAAAAAAAAUGGCCAAUUUCAUUCAAGUUGUACAGAAAUUCUUUCAAGAAUAUAAUAAAAAUACCAGCAAACGUUUGAAAGCUAUCGAUGCUUAUUUGGCAUACAUAUUCUUCACUGGUAUCAUACAAUUUGUUUAUUGUUUAUUGGUUGGUACAUUUCCAUUCAAUUCAUUCCUUGCCGGUUUCAUUUCGACCGUUGCCAGUUUCAUUUUGGGCGUUUGUCUUCGUAUACAAGUGAAUGAUCAGAAUAAAAUGGAUUUUUUCAACAUUAAAGAUGAACGUGCAUUUGCUGAUUUUAUUUUCGCCCAUAUCAUUUUACAUUUGGUUGUAAUCAAUUUUAUUGGUUAAAUCUAUUAAAUUUUUCUUUUAAUUAAUACAAAUGAA